GACGCGGCUAUUAAGGGGAUGAGGCAUCGAUACGCGGGAGCUGUCUAUCAGCACCAAAUCCCCGACGAAGAGCGAGGCAGCGUGCAGAGCCAAGACCCAAACCCAGUCGCUCCCGUUUUUAGUCUGCCGCCCCCUCCUCCGACUUUCAGAGAGCGUUCGACUACCACCUCGCACUACCUGAACCACCACCAACUGCCUUGUCUGAGCAAGCCCUCUCGAAGAGGUAUCCAUGCCUGUCAGCCGCAGCACGGCGACCCCCCGCCUCUGACAAGCUACGACAUCGCCCAGCGACCUUCACACCGGGUCUGUGAACCCGCAGGGCAGCCAGCGCACCUACAGCAGAACCUUUGGGCCGCAGCCGGUUCCCAGCCGCAGUCGGAGCAGCCUUUUUUUCAGAGCUGCCACUGCAAUUUUUCCGAGGAGGCGAGCCUUUCUCACCAGCGCCAGCCCCUCGCUCACCCGCCGCAGCCCUCCCCAUCUUUGCCGCCGUCGUCCUCUCUGCUGUUUUUGCAGGAGUCUAAUCACGGGGAUAAUUUGCAAAGCAGUGACAAUUAUCAACAGGCGAGCAACGUGGAACGCUACCGGGGAGGAGGAGGAGGAGGGCACAGAGACCAGAAGCAGUUGUUGCAGCAACAGCAGCAGCAGCACAGCAGACUCCAACACAGGGACCCCUCCCCUGAAACAACCCGAGCAAACUCACAGAAGGGGCGCACUAUAAAUGUAUGUGAGUCAAUCGAGGCUAAUCGGCGAGCAUUCGAGUCCCAGACUCAGGACCUGCAACAGCUACAGCAACUCCCACAAUUGCGAGCUCAACAACAGCUACUGGUGGGGAGCAGCUUCCCUGUCUACUACUGCGCCAACGGUUCAGGAGAGCUCUGUCGGAAUAACCAGGCACCUCUGCUGCAACAGCAUCAGCAAGACGCACAGGGGCGUCCGCAGCACUGUGACCAAGACCGCAAUAAGCCAGGGAGGACAAACCAAGCCAACCAGCCACAGCACCCCAACCAGCCGCAGCACCAUUGCCGCGACUCUCGUGUAAACUCACCAACGCAGCCGUACGGAGGGAACUCGUCUGCGACUGGCAGUAGCAGCAAGAGCAGCCCUAACUACGGCUCCAGCUAUCACCUGUGGCCCGAGAGCCCGCAUAAGGGAGAAGAGAGGAUACUCAUCGAUCAUCAUCAGGCAACCACUGAGCAAAAGAAGCUGAGCCAUGCUGGAUCCUCCCUCUCCGAGAGCAGUGGCCGACUCCCUCAGAUAGCCAUGAACACCUGCAAGCACAAUGGCGGUGUAGUGAGACCACUGGGCAGCCUGGCGUCGUCGCGGCGCAACCUAGCAGAGCUCGACUCCGAAACACAGCCCCUCCAGACGCUGCACAGUUCUGGCCUGGAGGUGGUUGUUUCCAAGGGAAACAGUGAGGACCCCGGCAAGGCGUCCAACGAGAGCCUGGUCAGGGACGGGAACGGUGCUCCUGUGAAGAAGAACAAAGACAUCGGCUAUAGACUCGGCCACCGGAGGGCGCUCUUUGAGAAGCGAAAGAGACUCAGUGACUACGCACUCAUCUUCGGGAUGUUUGGGAUUGUCGUCAUGGUGACGGAGACGGAACUGUCCUGGGGAGUUUACGGCAAGGAAUCUUCGUACUCAUUUGCACUGAAAUGCCUUAUCAGCCUUUCCACUGUUAUAUUGCUUGGUCUUAUAAUAAUGUACCAUGCCCGGGAAAUCCAGCUGUUCAUGGUGGACAAUGGGGCGGAUGACUGGAGGAUAGCCAUGACGUACGAGCGCAUCUUCUUCAUCGUGCUGGAGCUGCUGGUGUGCGCCAUCCACCCCAUCCCGGGCCAUUACCGCUUCACGUGGACGGCGCGGAUCGCCUUCACCUACACGCCAUCGACGGCCAAUGCCGACGUGGACAUCAUCCUCUCCAUUCCCAUGUUCCUGCGCCUCUACCUGAUCGGCCGCGUCAUGCUGCUGCACAGCAAGCUCUUCACGGACGCCUCGUCGCGCAGCAUCGGCGCCCUCAACAAGAUCAACUUCAAUACGCGCUUCGUCAUGAAGACCCUCAUGACCAUCUGCCCCGGCACCGUGCUGCUUGUCUUCAGCAUCUCCUCCUGGAUCAUUGCCGCCUGGACGGUGCGCGUCUGCGAGAGGUAUCAUGACACACAGGAAGUGACCAGUAACUUCCUGGGAGCCAUGUGGCUCAUCUCUAUUACCUUCCUCUCCAUUGGCUACGGAGACAUGGUACCUAACACGUACUGUGGGAAAGGCGUAUGUCUGCUUACAGGGAUCAUGGGAGCGGGCUGCACUGCGCUGGUGGUCGCCGUGGUAGCCAGGAAGUUGGAGUUGACCAAGGCUGAGAAGCAUGUCCAUAACUUCAUGAUGGACACACAACUCUGCAAACGAGUAAAGAACACAGCUGCCAAUGUACUCAGGGAAACAUGGCUCAUCUACAAACACACUAAGCUGGUCAAGAAGAUAGAUCACGCUAAGGUGCGCAAACACCAGCGGAAGUUUCUACAGGCCAUCCAUCAACUACGCAGUGUAAAGAUGGAGCAGAGGAAACUCAACGAUCAGGCCAACACGCUAGUGGACCUGGCGAAGACCCAGAACGUGAUGUACGACCUGGUGUCUGAGCUGCAGGAGCGCAGCGAGGAGCUAGACAAGCGCAUUGGCAUGCUGGAGGACAAGCUGGACUCGGUGACGGGCAGCCUACAGGCGCUGCCCUGCCUCAUCUCCCAAGCCAUAACCCAGCAGCAGCAGGAAUUUCUGGACGGUUUCCUGCACCGCUUCCGGCCUGCCUCGCUGGGCUCAGAGCGCUCCGAACGCUCAGAGCGCUCCUGGACCUCCACCGCCCGCCGACGCCGUUCGCCCUCCACAGCGCCACACACCUCCUCUGACAGCGGCUAGCCCUUGAACCUGCCCUAAACCGCACCACCCCCGACUACAACUUCUCCUUUGGAGCCCCAUAGCGCUCCCCUAACCCCCCUAAACCCCCUCUGCCUUCAAAUCCAAAAACAAACACCGCUAUGACUGAACUCCCAGGGCAGGACUGAACUGGAAACUGCUCCAAUGCGAAUGAGUGAAAACUUCGACACAUCCUCUAAACAACAACCUAAAUGACUUAAACCGAGACAAGUAGAGAUAUGGUUUAUUUUUUAGCCAUUGUAUGGCUGUUCAAGUUAGCUUUUUUUGUAAAAGCCCUUGUAUAGUUAAACUGACUGAGUUCAGGUUCGCUGGGGUGAGAGCUGGCU